AAGAAGCGUUCUUGGUUUCUUGGCCGCGCUUGCGCCACCGCUCGCCGGAGAAGAAGACACCACCGCCAUUUCUGGUUUCUUGGCCGCCCUCUGCCACCACUCGCCGGAGAAGAAGCCAACACCAGUUUCUUGGCCGCUCUCUGCCACUGCGCUUGCGCCACCGCUCGCCUGAGAAGAAACCUUCACCAUUUUUGGUUUCUUGGCCGCUCUCUGCCACUGCGUUUGCGCCACCACCAAGCACCGCGCCGCGUCCAAAGAUAAUAAGACACGCAGGGCAAGAAGCGUUCUUGGUUUAUUGCAGACAAGAAUCGUCUCUCCACGACUGUAUCCGGCGCAAGAGACAGAUGGGUCCCGACUCAGGUAGCGUCAUCUCAUGGUGGGCUGAGGCGCCAUGUUGUCGUUGGUUGGCCGCGCUGUUCGGCUGUCCUUCGCAGUCGCGAGGAUCUUCUCCAAGGCUGCAGCCUUCUUCUUCUUCUACGCGAUCACAGGGGGUUCAGUCUCGAAAGGGAAAGCAUCAUAAUGCUUUGCUUUAUGGCAAAUAUUCUAAUAGCAGGACCUCUCGUUCUACCGCUAGGGCUAUCAACCUUCCUACCAGUGCAGAGUCUUCGAACAAGGAAGUGACCGUGGGUGAGAGAAAAUUUCCAAAGGAAGUGGUAGUUGCUUAUGUUGAUUACUGUAAACGUGCAUCAGUCUGUGAGGAGAAUCAGCGUGUGUGCCAUAUGUGUGUGUUCAUCGAGCAAAGAUGUCAGAACUACAUAGUCAAACAAUCUAAGUUGAUAAUCCACUGCAUAAAUUUGCACGGCGACAUCGGUGUGGAGUGUGAAGCGCCAGGUUGCAGUGUAAGGGCAAUGACACAUGAAGAUCUUGAGGUUCACUCCUACUUCUGUCACAUUCAGGCUCAAGGAUGGUGGAGGCAAUACGAAAAUCUCGAGACUAGCCAGUGACCACAGAAUGCCAAGGUGUACCGAGACAUCUUGGUGUAGAGCGAGUAGUAUAGCAGUAUGAACUUUGAACAAGAGUUUCCGCUGGUGGUUGUUUUGGCAUGCACUUGUACAUAUGCUUCUUACUACUUUUGGAGCUGUUCUUUACUGGAUUUAUAAUGCGCUUACACUCUUGUCAUAAGUUGUAAAUGAAUGUUUGCCGAAAAAGAUUGUUACAAAACUAUAUGGGAUUUGCAUCUA